AUGAUGAGAAUCCGUUGCGGUCCAUCUGGUCAAAGAUUGAAUUUGGCCAGAUUAUGCUUUCGAAUGUAUUGCCAAGGAAAACCAGCUAUUGAUACUAGUCAAGUCACACAAUCGGCUGCCAGUGUUGCAGGCAAUGUUGAAUCUGUCAAGAUACCUUUAAGAACCCUAACUAAAAUGGAUCGUUUUGCAUUGAUUGUUACAAGAACAAUGAAGGCGCAUGAAAUACCCCUUGAAGCUAGCAAAGCUGUCGUAGAAAAAGCACAGGACAAAAGAAGAAUCUUAAUGAAUGUUGGCUUGUUCGUAUUUACUAUCGUUGGUUCUAUAAUUGCUAUCAUUAGCGGUAAAAGAUUGAGAAAUUCUAAAAGUGGUGGCUAUACGUUACAAGACCGAAAUAAAGAAAGAUACGAGAGAGUGAGACAAAGGGAGGCCAAAGCUAAAGAGCAAUAA